AUGGAAGUGGAGAACCUCACGACCACAGUAACAGAAUUUGUCCUCUUGGGUCUCACCCAGAGUCCAGAGCUGAAAUAUCUCCUUUUCCUGGUCUUCUUCUUAGUCUACCUCAUGACCUGGCUCAGCAACCUCACCAUCAUCAUUGUGGUGAUCACCAACAGCCAUCUCCACAUUCCAAUGUACUUCUUUCUGGCCAACUUGGCCUUCAUAGAUAUUAACGACUCUUCAGUUACAGCCGUCAAAUUGUUGUGGGACCUUGCUUCUCAGACCAAAACCAUAUCCUUCACCUGGUGCAUCAUCCAGAUAUUCUUAUUUCAUUUCACUGGAGGUGCGGGUGUCUUUCUUCUUGUGGUGAUGGCAGUUGAUCGGUAUGUGGUCAUUCAUAAACCACUGCAUUACUUGACAAUCAUGAAUCAGGGCGUGUGCACAGGACUGGUGAUAGGAUCAUGGCUGGGAGGAUUUGCUCACUCUAUUGUUCAGACUGCACUGAUCAUCCAGCUUCCAUUCUGUGGACCCAAUAUCCUGGAUAAUUUUUACUGUGAUGUCCCACAGGUCAUCAAACUGGCCUGUGUUAAUACCUACCUAGUUGAGCUGCUGAUGGUCUCCAAUAGUGGACUGCUCCUUGCCUUCAUCUUCUUGAUUUUGCUCAUAUCUUAUAGUAUCAUCCUAGUCAAAAUCAGGAAACAUGUCACAGAUGGAAAGCACAAAGCACUGUCUACCUGUGCUGUCCAGAUCAUAGGCAAGAACUUAAUAUUUAUCCCAGAAAUCUUCAUCUAUGACCGACCCUUCAAGAAAUUAUCAGUGGACAAGAUAGUUUCUGUCACUUACGCUCUCAUCACUCCAAUGUUGAACCCAAUCAUAUACACCCUAAGAAAUGCUGAGAUGAAAAAUGCUAUCUGGAGGUUAAUGAGGAGAAUUUUGUUCUCCAGAAGGAAGUAA